GAGAUGCCUUUGCCUUUAGACUUUAGAGCGCAUAAAAAAAGGUAGCUAGGCAGUGGAUUAUCAGCAAGCAUAUCCCAUAUAUGCCACCAUUAUACAUCAUUCUAUCAACACCUUCCCAGAUCCAUUGAAGCUUAACUAUCUAUCCAUCAAUCACCCAAAUUUGCUUAUUUUGCUUUGGUUUACGAUGUGGGUUUCCCUUCUCUUCCCCAACUCCUACGACUCCUCAUUCUCCCUUCACCCUGAUGAUCCCCUCCAUGGAUGAAGCAGUAGUCCUCCCACCACCUCCCACCCAGAGCCCCACCGCCUGCAUCUCAGCGGCUGUUGAAUCCGAUGAACCCACGUCGCCCCUGGAUUUCAACCUUGUGGUCAUCGUGGCCGCCAUGCUCUGCGCACUGGUCUGUGCACUCGGCCUCAACACCAUGCUCCAAUGCGUAGUUCGGUGCACCCACCGUGCACUCACCGAGCCUCUUCACUGGGUUGCAUCACGCCGCCUCAACUCUGGUCUCAAGAAGGAAGAUAUGGUGGCGCUCCCCACUUCUACCUACUAUGCAACCUCCUCGCCGGCCGCCGGCUCAUCACCUGCAGCAGCCUCCACAUCCAGCUGCGCCAUUUGCCUGGUGGACUUCCUGGACGGUGACAGGGUAAGACUCCUGCCUCUGUGUAACCAUCGCUUCCACGUUGCCUGCAUCGAUACCUGGCUCCUGUCUCACUCCUCCUGCCCUACUUGUCGGCAUCACCUCAAGUGCAACGAUUCCACCACCACUGCGGCCCUGCAGAUUGUCACAUCUGCAGCCUAAUGAACCUCUGUUGAUAUAUUUACAUAUCAUCUAAUAUAAUAAAUAUAUAUUAUUCAGCUCAAGAGACUUCCCUAAGGGUGAGAGUUCUCUAAUAAAUUAAUUAAUAAUGGUAAUUCAAGUUAGUUUCAGUAGUUGGGCUUCAAUUCCUAUAUCUUUCUUUUAAUUAGCUUACUUUUUUCAUGUAUAUAUGGUAUGUAGCUAGCUCACAGCUGAAAGCAUGCAAGCUAAGUGUAUAUAUACGUAGCCAUGACUGAUUCAAUGGUUAUCUUGAGAUGUUGUGAGACUCUUA